GCCCCGCUGUCCCCCCCCCCCCCCCUCCCUCCCUGCGCUCCGUUCAGACGUGGGUGGCUUUGCUCGGGGUCGCGUGGCGUGGCGUCCGGACACGGGCUUGGGGGUGGGGUGGGUGGAGAGGUGUUUCCCCUCCUCCUGCCGGGAUUAAGCGCGGCGACUCGGCCAGGUCCGGCGUCGUGUUUCUCCGGGAGCUGCGCCCUCCCCCCGCCGCCGCCCCCCCCCUCCCCAUCGCCUUUGAUGACGAGCCGCCGCUCUUGCUUAGACGGCCCCGUUUUAUGAAAAAGGAUGGUUUAGGCUAGACGCGAGUCAGGGACUCCGGAGGAGGAGGAGGAGGAGGUCGGCGCUUGGGAGGCCUCCUCCCGGCGGGCGGGCGGGCGGUAGAACAGGUAAAACGCCAUGGACGCCAGGCUGGGGUGACACUGCCCCGAAGGCUCUGGGCGCCUUGGAUCGGGGUGUGCGUGCGCGUGCAAAGAGGAGCGUGGGAGUGGGUGGGGGGGGGGGGAGCUUUUUUUGGCUUAAGCUUUUGCCCCGGCAGGUUUAUAAAUAGAUCGGUUCAGACGCCGUGUCAAAGGAGGACACCUUGGCAAGGAAGGCAAGCAAGUUCCACCGAGAGAGAGAGAGAGAGACAGACAAACAGACUGCCUGCCUGCCUGCCUUUAGCUUCUCCCUCUCCAUCCAACUGCUGUUGCCACCACACAAUGAAUGCCAGGAGGAGGAGGAGGAGGAGGCCUGGACGCUACCGAUUUUUGUAAGCCGCCAAGGGGGAAGAAGAAGAAGAAGAAGAAGAAAAAAGCUGGAUUUCCUCCCCCCUCUUCUUUUGGGGAGUCCGACCUCCCCUGGGAAAGAGGCCGAAAACAGGAGGGAUCUGGUGGUGAGAAGCCACAUCAGGGCGGAAGGAAGAAAAAACAGCUGGUGAAGCCGAAGGACUCUCUCUCUCUCUUUUUUCUUCUUCUUUGGCUGGGACCCCGAGAACGGGAAGAAAAGAUUGGCGUGAAAAUGAAGCCUGAUCGAGACACCUUAGAUGAAUAUUUUGAAUACGAAGCCGAGGAAUUCCUUGUCAACUUAGCCUUGUUGAUUACCGAAGGCAGAACACCUGAAUACUCGAUUAAGGGCAGGACUGAAGGCUUCCACUGUCCUCCAGCACAGUCAAGUCAACCAACAACAGCCAAACAUGAAUGCAGUGACAGAUUGGCCCAGUGCCGUCAAGCCAGGCAUACCAGAUCUGAAGUUGCAUUGCUGUGGAAGAAAAAUAUUCCUAUUAUGAUAGAAGUGAUGCUACUUCCAGACUGUUGCUAUAGCGAUGAAGGACCCACGACUGAAGGGAAUGACUUAAAUGAUCCUGCAAUCAAGCAAGAUGCACUGUUGUUAGAAAGAUGGAUUUUACAGCCAGUUCCACGGCAAAGUGGUGAUCGAUUUAUUGAAGAGAAGACCCUCUUAUUGGCUGUCCGCUCUUUUGUGUUCUUUUCUCAGUUAAGUGCUUGGCUGAGUGUGUCACACGGAGCUGUGCCUCGUAACAUUCUUUGCAGAGUGGGUGCUGGUCAUGUGGAUCUGCAGUGGGCAUUUUCCCAGACACCAACAGAACACCUUUUCCCUGUCCCCAAUAUUUCUCACAAUGUGGCCUUGAAAGUCAGUGUCCAAUCUUUGCCCAGACAAUCGACCUACCCAGUUCUGACCUGCAGCAUUCAUGCCAACUUUGGCUUCUACGAAAAGAGAAGAGAAGAGACUAAUGUCCAUCAGCGCUGCUGUGAUUCCAUUAAGACCGAACAAUCCAGUGUGACCAACUCGCAACACCCUUGUGGCAAACUGAUGUGGGCUGGAAGCGUGCUUGGUGUAAAGCAAGGCCCCGAGUUUAACACUGCUGUCAGAAACCUGAAACUUUAUCCCUUAGCUGGCCUUGGAUCUGACUUUGGAUCGUUAGAAUCAAAAGUUCAGGGCUACCCAGCUGGUUUGGAGAGCAGGGCGCUGAUGCCAGAAACACCGGAGAGAGCUUUGAAAUCCUCUUGCUUGGCUGAUCCCCAUGGCCAUAACAGCAACCCUUCCCGCCAGUCAUUGGGAGAUUCAAUUCCUUUGAUAGGCUCUUUACUCCAAGAGCGCCAUGAAGUUAUAGCCAGGAUUGCCCAGCAUCUCAUUCACUGUGAUCCGGCAGCAUCCCCUGUCACAAGGAAGGCCUUUAGUACAAAUGAAGCCGGUGUGGCAAACCCCAAGGGUCUAUGCCAUGCCCCUGAAGAGAAAAACUUGCUGAAGAAAGGAAGGGAAUUGCCCUCCGUUGCUGCUAACUUGGAACACAAUGCUUCAGAAAACGUUGGAAAAGUCCAACUAAUACCAGAAACACCCUUGUCUCGCUCCUACGUCCCCGUGAACCAGUGUUUCCACCAGACGAGAGAGGAAACCAACCCUCUCAUAAGCUCCUUACUGCAAGAGAGGCAGGAGGUUAUCACAAGGAUUGCCCGACACUUGAUUCAUUGUGAUCCACCGCCAUCACAAGGUACGCCUCCUGUGUUCACUUUUCACGACGCUAGUGCAGUUAAUCCGAAGGCUUUUCACAGUUCCUAUGAAGAGGACAGCCUGCUGAAGAAGAGCAAGGAGGUCCCUUCCGAUUCCUUCUCUAGUUCUAGAUUGGCUUUGCCAGCAGAUGACCCCAAGGCAAAACUUAAAACACCAACAACUCCAUUGCACUCACUUAAAUGUGACGCAGACCAGAACGUAUCUCCUGGCUUUAGAAGAAAACUGCUGCUAGCAGGGACCAAUGAAGUAGUCCAAAACACAUUUCAUCAAAGUCCUCUAACUUGCACGACCCAAUCAUGUAACAAAGAGGGUUAUAAAUUGGAACUGGCAGAUAAAUUGGAGUCUGUGCUUUCAGGUUGUCCCCAUAAACCUCAAGCAGCAAAGAGAGGCACCGCCAAGCCGUGUUCACAUUUCAGAUGUAGUAACGAACUGGUUUGUAGAAGUAAGUUUAAGGACAGAACGAGCUCUUGUGAAAAUAGCGACCCACACUGUUCAAAUAAUCCCCAGGUGGAUCAGCACCGAAUACUUGAAAAUGUUAAAGCGGCUACAGUGCCAGCAUCUGACGGCUGGCACAAAUAUGAGUCCAGGCACUUAAAUAAAGACUCCAAACAAUCUAAUGUUUCUGAACAAAACUCUCAGCUCACUAGUAUUGAAAACUAUUUACACAAAGACCUUGACGCUUCCAAAUGCAAAAGUAAACAAGACAGAGUGAAAAAUCCCAAUGACGAAAAUGAAGAGCCAAUUGACUAUAAGGCACAGAAGCAUUAUCAGAAGCCUGUAGAAGAUUCCUUGGCUGCUGUUUUUGAACAAAGGAAAAACGCAGAGGUGCUGGAUGCUGUCUUCUUCUUUGGGCAGAAAACAAUACCACUCAAACACGUGUGGCGCAAAAGUAAUUUUCACCACUUGGAUGGGACUUCUACCAAGGCCUUCCACCCCCGGACUGGAUUACCUCUCCUUUCAAGUCCAGUUCCUGAAAGAAAAACACAGACAGGAUGCUUUGAUCUUGAUGCAUCGUUAUUGCGUCUGAAAUGUUUCUCCUCUAAAAGUCCACAACGAUACAUAAGCAAAGAGAAUGAUUCUGACAUCCAUGAGAAAGCACUCCUAAGUUCCAGUGCACCAUCUGUUACAAGUCUUAGCCUUCUUGGAAACUUUGAGGAAUCUGUACUGAACUAUCGUUUAGAUCCGCUGGGUAUUGUAGGUGGCUUCACAGCUGAAGUGGGAGCAAGUGGACUUUUCUGUCCAACUCACAUGACGCUUCCUGUUGAAGUUUCUUUUUAUAGCGUUUCUGAGGACAACGCACCCUCUCCGUAUAUGGGUGUAAUCGCUUUAGAGUCCCUUGGUAAAAGGGGUUAUCGGGUACCUCCUUCAGGAACAAUACAAGUGACCUUAUUUAAUCCUAACAAGACUGUGGUGAAGAUGUUUGUGGUGAUCUAUGACUUACGAGAGAUGCCUGCCAAUCACCAGACAUUCCUGCGGCAAAGAACUUUUUCUGUCCCUGUCAAGCGAGAAACAAGAAAAAGCAUUAUUCAACAAAAUACUCGACAUACUGAAGAGAGACUAUUACGCUACCUCAUUCACCUGAGGUUCCAGAGUUCCAAGUCUGGAAAGAUCUACCUCUACAGAGAUGUAAGACUUCUGUUUUCCCGAAAAUCUAUGGAAGUGGACAGUGGCGCUGCAUAUGAACUCAAAUCUUACACUGAAUCUCCAAUGAAUCCUCAGUUUUCACCCCGGUGUUAGCAAAACACAACCGUGAAACUAUUUCCUCAAUGACCAGAUUAUUAUUCAAGACAAAACAAUAAAAUAUCCUGUGCAAAACCUGAAUCACGGAGGUGGUGAGAAGGAUGGUCAGAUGGGAGUCAAAACCUCUUGGACCAGUUCAGAAAUGUUUUUAGAAUGAGCUUUGUGUAUUCUGAAUAGACUGGAACACACUUAGUCGUAACCUUUUUAUACUCGUUUUAAACCACUUCAUUGGAUGUGUUGCAAUAGCAGAGUCCCAAAUUAGUUUAGUGUUUACACCUUAUUUUAUUUUUAUUUUGGGCUAUUUAAUAUUUAAUGUUCCUUUCACUUAAGUGAUGUUUGUCUUUACUGUUCUAAUGUAGCACAAAUCCGAUGUAAAAUCAUACUACGUAUUUUUGACAUUAAUAUUGAAAUCUUGAAAUAUAUACAGAACCUUUA